UAAAAACCAUUAUUGUGUGUGUGUGCGGUCGACCAAUUUAGCUGAUUAAAUGAUAACAUUAACGUUGCUCAAGAAAGUCUCCAUAUAAAGAUCUAGUACAGAGCUAUGUCCACUCGACUAAGAGCUCCAGGAGGUGGCUCUAAGCUCGUCCGUCCCGUCCCACUGGGUACUGGUAUGAAAUCCCCCCUGGGUAGAGGGGCUGUGAGACCCAGUCCAGGACCCCCUGGGGAGAGAGAAGGGCCCCCCACCACUCGUACCGUCCCUGCAGGAGGGCAACAAAGACGACCACAACCCGCUGCUCAGGCCCGGCUGCCUCCCGUGGCCAGACCUCCACAAGACUCCUCUGCUGAGCUAUCAGUUGGCGACAGCGUACUAGUGGCCGGGGUCAAGCCUGGAGUUGUUGCGUUUGUUGGCCCCACCCAGUUUGCCCCUGGAGUAUGGGCUGGGGUUAUAUUGGACUCUUAUGAUGGUAAAAACGAUGGAUCUGUAAAAGGCGUGUCUUAUUUCCAGUGUGAACCGAAUCGAGGUCUGUUUUCAAGACCCGAUAAAUUGAAACUUGUACAAAAGGCAGCCUCUAGAGCACCCCCUCCACAAGGUCAGAGGUUGGCUCCACCCCCUAGUGGUUCGUUUAAGAUCGGCGAUCGUGUUGUAGUGGACGGAGACAAACUAGGAAUGGUUGGCUUUAUUGGAGAAACACAAUUUGCUCGUGGUAUGUGGGCGGGGGUAAUUUUGGACGAACCUGACGGAAAAAACAACGGUCGAGUGAAUGGCGUACAAUAUUUCGAUUGCCCUCCGAAUUAUGGUCUCUUCACGCGACCUCAAAAACUAUACCAUGCGGAAAACGUCGACAAUACGACACCCACUCCUUCAGCGCCUUCUCCUCAAGUUAGUGUUCGUAGUAUACCUCGAGAUCCUGUAUCACAAGAACGAAAUACUCGACCUCUUCAACCGACGGCCGUGGAUCUCAAGGCUCUACAGGAUAAGCUCAAGUUGGGCGACCAUGUUCUAGUGGGAGGUGUGAAAGAGGGAAGACUGCGUUACUUGGGGCCUACAGAGUUUGCCAAGGGGAUCUGGGCAGGGGUGGAGUUACCUGACUCGUUGGGCAAGAAUGAUGGAGCUGUGUCCGGGAAAAGAUACUUUCAAUGUGCUCCUAAACACGGGAUAUUUGCUCCCUUACCGAAAAUUGAGAAGCUGGCCACUGCAUCAGACAGCAUGUCUACAAUGUCAAGUGCAUCGCUUCCCUCCAAGUCCCCCACUCCACCUCCUCUUCUCAUGAGCAUGCCCUCGCCCCCUGGCACUAUCAGGGUUGCUAGGGGCCUCCCCAAACAACGCAGCGACUCAUCCAGCUCAUUCGGUGUACAGGAGCACCGAGUGUCGACCCUGGCUGGGUCCACUGCGGCCAGUCUAUCUCGCCUCCUUCAACAACGCGAGGAGAACGUCACUGAACUGAAGGGAGAGCUUGUUGUCGAGAGAAACAAACAUCAGGAGGAGGUCACUAAGCUCACAAGGCAAGUGGAGGACCUCCAGUUUCAGCUGCUGGAGUUGGGUGUGAUCAGUGGGGACCAGUUGGAGCAAACAGCUGAAACCAGUCAAGAGAGACUGGCCUCCCUGGCCACACAGCUAGAGGGAGAGAAGCAGAGAGUGAAGGACCUGGAGGCUCAACUGAUGCAGCCGAAUGAUGAGAGCAGUCAAGAGAGACUGGCCUCCCUGGCCACACAGCUAGAGGGGGAGAAGCAGAGAGUGAAGGACCUGGAGGCUCAACUGAUGCAGCCGAAUGAUGAGAGCAGUCAAGAGAGACUGGCCUCCCUAGCCACACAGCUAGAGGGGGAGCAGCAGAGAGUGAAGGACCUGGAGGCCCAACUACAGCAAGCUCAACAACUAAGCAGUGGUUCCACUGAGGAGACAGAGACACUUCGCUCACAGCUGAUACAGACACAAACUGAGCUGGAGGAUCAGAGGAGAGAGCUGGCCACACAACUGGAGGCAGUUAGCAAACUGGAUGGUGAGAGGACUGCUGCAGUUGAGAGGGGGGAGGAGUUAGGUCUGACUGUAUCUCAGAGGGAAGAGGAGGUGGUCAAUGUCAGACUAGAGCUGGGUAGUGUCAGGAACAGAGUGGCAGAUCUCCAACAAUCUCUGAAGGGUACUGAGGACCAGUGCAAGUUGCUGACUCAGCAAAAGGCAUCGCUGGAGGAACAGAUGAGUCAGUUGUCUCACAUGUCCGGAGACUCAUCUCAACAGCUGACGUUCAUGCAGGACCAGCUCAGGGACAAGGAGAGCAAAUUCGAGGAGCUCCAUGCCCUCAACAGUAGCCUGUCCUCCCAGCUGGAGACUAUGCAAUCCAACCAGACACAGCAGGACACUCAACUGUCCCUCCUCCAGGAGCAGCUAGCUCAGGAGAGCCAGAGAGCCUCCAGUCUGGAGAGAGAGAUCACACAGACCAGUGUGGCAGCGACGGACAUUAGUGAUGAGCUCCAGCGAACACAUGCUGACCUCAAGGAUGCUAUGGAACUAUGCAAUCAGCACGAGGCUUUAUUGGAGGAGCGGAACAACGAGCUUAGUACACUCGACAGUCAAGUCAGACAACUGAGUCAAGGCCGUGAGCAGCUCUCCAACGAGAAGUCUCGUCUUCAGUCAGAGUCAGAGAGAUUGAUGGUGGAGAGAGACAGAGCCAUUGCUGAGUGUGAUAGGCUAAUGGAUGCCAGUGCCACCUCCUCCAGUGAGCAGACUGAGUUGAGCCGACAGCGUGGUGAGCUGCUAGCAGAGAGGGACCAGCUACUGGGGCAGCAGCAAGCUCUACAAACUGAAAACGAAAAGCUGGUGGGCGAGAGGGACGAAGUGAUGCACCAGUUGGCAAAGAUACAGAGCGACAGACAGGAGGCCAUUCUCAACUCUCAAGAGCUCAACUCAAAGUUUGAGAACACCAACAUAGAGUUGACUGAUGCACUGAGUGAGAUGGAGGAGCUCAGGUCAGAGCUAAGCAGAUCACGUGACAAUUGGGAGCACGAGAAACUAUCACUCAGAGAGCAAAUUGAAGAAGCUGGUGAUAGUGGUGCUGAGCUGAGGGGCAGGAUAGAACAUGCCUGCUCAGAGCGAGACUCCGCCCUCCAACAAGCCCAGGAGUUGACGGAGAGAUUAGACACGAGUGAGAAAGACAAAGACGAAGUACAGCUGUCCCUGGAGAGGGCACAGGCCGAGAUAGAUGAACUCAACUAUCAGAUGGAAGAGUUGAACAUGCGAUGUGCUACACUAGAGCAGGAUGCUACAGUGGUGUCAGAGCGUCUUGAGUCAGCCGAGGGUGUGCUGGGAGAGAGAGAGGGACAACUGGUUCAGGCCAGGGAGGAGAUACGAACACUCACUGAAGACCUCAAAGCAAGUCAAGGAAAGACUGACCAUGCCAUCCUGGAGGAGGAGAAGCUUCUACUGGAGGAGAGAGUCAAAGAGCUGACCAUACAACUGGAGAAGGCUCAGGAGAAGAAGAGUCCUGCCAGACGCUCAGCUGGAGCUGUAAACAAUGAGACACUGACCACUCAACUAGCGGAGGCGAGGUCUGCACUCGAUGAAUACGAACAAAAUAACCUCGAUCUACAACAACAGAUUGACUUCCUGAACUCUGUGAUAGCUGACCUUCAGAGAAAGUUAGAGACAGCAGAGGCAAUGUCCGGCCUUCACGGACCACUGGAUACAGGGGAGGAGUAUAUGGAGGACGAUGAUGACAUACUACAGGGACUUCCCCCUCCCCGCCUUUUCUGUGAUAUAUGUGAUGUGUUUGACCAGCACGAUACUGACGAUUGUCCGCUCCAGGCCGGCUCUGACUCCCCACCCCCCUCCACUCAUCACGGGGUGAGGGCCCCCGGGGGAUCAGACAGGCCCUACUGUGUCAACUGUGAAAUGUUUGGCCAUUCAACAGAUGAAUGCGAAUUUGAAGCUACGUACUGAUUGCGGCUAACUGUCUCAGCCAUCUGCACACUUUUAGGCUCUGUUUUUGUAUAAUACAUUCCAUUAUAGUUAUCUUCAUUCAUGAUGACUCUUGUGUAGCUAGGUUUUUCAAUUUAGAUUCUCACCAUAUAAUAUCCAGUUGUGUAUGUUCUAUUGAUUGUGUUGCUGUUUUAUAUUUGUCUGUGCAUUGAAAUGUCUGUCUGCUUUAAUAA